AUGCUGCUUGUCAAACGCCCACUGCUGGUGGCUGUGCCGUGCUUCCUACUCGUCCUGAGCUUCUUCUUCUACAUCAGUCCCCGUCCGCGGUCUCGCGUCCAGCCCGCGCGAACGCCCCUCACCCAGCCGCAUGGCCAGCAUCGCUUCGACGGCGCCUGGAAUUAUGCGCGCGAUCACGACAGCCUCCUUCUCACCCAGGGCGAAUGCGAUCUCGCUUUCCCCGAUCUGUUUGCCGAUCUCGAACGUGCCGGCGUUGUGCGCGCCGACCGGCCGAUCACCCUCGGCGAGAUUGACUCGAUUUCGCCCCGAAAUGGAUAUAUCCGUGCUAUGAUUCACGACCAACAGCUUUAUGUAAUUGCAAAAGAAGGCGCCGUGUGGUCGCGUGAGAUCGCGACGCUUUCCGCCCUCAACCGGGCCAUCCUCACUUCUCCCGAACCUCUCCCCAACAUCGAAUUCGCUUUCAACACCGACGACCGUAUCGAUGAUACCGCGCAGUGGGGCUACGCCCGCCGCCCCGAAGAUGAAUUGGUCUGGCUCAUGCCGGAUUUUGGAUUCUGGUCCUGGCCCGAGAUCAAGGCCGCAUCAACCAAGGAGAUCCUCCUCGAUGUCGAGCGCGCUGAGAGAGAAGGCAUGAACUGGACCCAGAAGACCGACAAGCUAUUAUGGCGGGGCACUUCCAAACUCGACCAUGAGAUCCGCAAUAACUUACUCAGUGUGACGGAGAAGAAACCGUGGGCGGAUGUCAAAUCGCUGGAUCAGGAUGGUCAGCAGAGCAUGCACAGCGACUACAAAACGAUGCCAGAAUAUUGCGACUAUAAAUAUCUCGCUCAUGCAGAACGAACCUCCUCUUCCGGCCGUCUGAAGUACCUACAGAUGUGCCGCAGCGUGAUCGUCUCGCAUAGACUAGACUGGAUCCAGCACCACUACCAUCUCCUGCGAUCGUCAGGGUCCGAGCAGAACUUCGUCGAGGUCGAGCGUGAUUGGUCAGACCUCGAGAGUAAAAUGAAAUGGCUGCGCAAGCACGACCGAGAAGCGAAGCGCAUCGCCGAUAAUAACGUGAAGACGUUCCGCGAACGCUACCUCACGCAGGCCGCUGAAGUAUGCUACUGGCGCCGGUUAAUUCAAGAAUGGGCCAAGGCAAGCGACUUCGAGCCCGAGUUUUUCACCGAAGAGAACGGCAAGAAGGUCCAAAGAGGACUGAGUGUCGAAACCUUCCUGCUGAUGAGAGCUAUGGAUUGGGAUUCAUAG